CGAUUAAAUCAAUUUUAUUCCCUGAUAAUGUUUUAAUAAUUUUAUUUUGUGACUAAAUUAUUGAAUUUUAGUGUUGUUAGCAUGUUUUUUGUGAAUUUCUUCAAUUAUUUCCGGAGGGAAGGGAGUCAGUUUAAUCAAGUUCUAUGCGGGAUCCUCAUAAACCUGCCAGUCCUCUGCUACGGCGCGUCAAUCGGCUGGAUGUCUCCCAUGACCCUGGUGCUCCAGUCUCCCGACUCCCCUCGAGGCACGCCCAUGACUGAUGACGAGAUCUCCUGGAUGGCGGCAGCAACCUUCGCGACGGCCGUGCCAGCGGUGUUUGUGUUCGGGUAUAUGCUGGACCGAUGCGGCAGGAAAGCGGCGCUUAUGUUCACUUCUGCGCAGUUUGUUGGCUGCUGGGCCAUCAAGCUCUGCUCCACGGAGCACUGGGCGCUGAUGGCGGCGCGCGGGCUGGCCGGGGCUGGCCUGGCGGGCUGCUACGUGGUGGCACCCCUGUACACAUAUCGCAAACUUGCUUACAAACUUGGUUGCUGGGCCAUCAAGCUCUGCUCCACGGAGCACUGGGCGCUAGUGGCGGCGCGCGGGCUGGCUGGGGCUGGCCUGGCGGGCUGCUACGUGGUGGCACCCCUGUAUACCAAGGAGAUCAGCGAGGACAGCAUAAGGGGGGCUAUGGGGUCUUUGGUAAUCCUCUCCCAAACAGUAGGCAACCUCCUCCUCUACAUCCUGGGGGACAUGCUGAGCUACCACGCGGUGCUGUGGGUGUGCCUGUCCAUCCCGGCCGCGCACGUGCUGCUGUUCCUCAAGAUGCCCGAGUCGCCCAGCUACCUGCUGCGCCGGGGGCAGCACGAGGAGACCAUGGAAGUGAUAGCGUGGCUGCGCUGCCGCUCGACCAGUGACCCGCUGGUGCAGACAGAGAUGCAGCUACUGAAGCAGGAGGAGGAGGAAGAGAGAGGGAACACCGAGUUCGCUAUUAGAGGCAUCUUCACAAACAAGAUCCUCUUCCAAGCGUUCCGAAUAACCAUGGUGCUCAGCAUAGCACGCGAAGUGUGCGGCACCAUCCCCGUCCUGACCUUCGCGAGCGAUAUCUUCAGCAUGGCGUCGUCACCCGAGUCAGGGCUGGUCCUGACUCCCAACCAGCAAGCCAUGAUGUUGGGGGUCGUGCAGGUGGCCGGGUCUGCGCUCGCGUCGGCUAGUGUGGAGAACUUGGGGCGGAAGCCGCUUCUCUUCAUCACGUCGCUAGUCUCCGGUCUCAGCAUGUGUGCCCUGGCGCUGUGGUUCCUGGCUCUCAGCCGCCACGAGGCCAUGGCUCACUGGAUCCCGAUAGUGGCGCUGUGUGUGUGCAUCUUCUGUGACGCGAGUGGCUUGCAACCCGUCUCGCUUGUCGUCAUGAGCGAGAUGUUUAGCUUUCAGUACCGGAGCACAGUGACCUCAAUCGCCAUGUCCACUGUAUGUUUCUUCAACUUCAUUCAGCUUCGCUUCUUCAAGCCGCUAGCCAACAGUGUGGGGGUCCACGUGACUUUCUUCAUAUUUGGCGCAAUUUGUCUCGCAAACGCCAUCUAUAUCGCGCUAGUGGUACCAGAGACGCGGCUGAGGAAAGUCGAUGAAAUCUACCAGGAGUUAAGGGAUUCUGAGGAGUGUGACUCGGAUAUAUCGAGGUCGGAUUGCGAAGAGGUUUGAAACCUAUAAACCUCCUUUUGAAAUGUAGUUGAUUGUACAGGGUGUAAAUGUUAAGAAGCUACAAGAUCUAUUGGUGAAACUGAACAACUCUUCUGAAAUAUUAUGUAUGUACUUACAUUUGUAGGGAUCGAAUAAAACAUGGAAAUACUGGGGAACCUUGUUCAGUUUUAUCAGUAUCGUGUAGACUAAUUUUAGGAAAUAUAAUUUACACCUGUACAUUAAUAAAGUGUAUGUGGUUGCAAACAUAGGGUUGUUCUAAUCAUUGCAAAAUGGGACUUACAUAUUCAAUUUUAUUUUGUGAUUGGGGUUACCCCCUAUUUACUCUUUUUAGUUAAUGGUAUGUUGUGUGUGUGGUUUAAAUUAUAAUUUUGUAUGUUUUUGUAAAGAGGCAAUAGGUAGAGUAGAAUUGUACUUAGGUAGCUACUAGGCACAAUUUCGGCUACUACUAUUUACUUAGUACUUAUUUUAGCACCUUGGGAUUUAAAAACAACGCUAUAAAUAAUAAUUUUAGUGCUACCUCACAACAGUAAAUACUAUCUUAUGUUAAAGAUAAGUUGUUGUAAUCCUAAUUAGAAUUUAUUGCACAAACUUGUAUAUAGUUUUUUUUUAAAUUUUAUAACGUGAACCUAUUUUUGUGAUAUAAUUUUGUGAUGUUAUUUUUGCAUGGGCCUAUGUAAAUCUAAUAAGUAUAAUAAAUAGUUUUUUUAUCAUUCAACACAUCGUAGAGAAGUAGAUUUUUAAUAUAUGACUCAGUUUAUUGGCACUAGAAAAUAUAACUGGAAAAGUCCAAUAGGAGAAUCAAAAGGGUUAAGUUAGAAUAUCAUUAACAUACUGUAUAAUGAUAUAAUAUUACUUAUAAUUUUUUGAUUGAAUAAUUUUAUCUAGUCCUAGUGACUAUACAUUUCUUGUGUUUAUAAACUUUGUGUUAACUGUUUAUAUCGUUGUACUUUUAAUUAAUGUAUUUUUUUUAUGUAUUCGUACUACAAAUAGUUACAAUAUA